AUGGAUCAUUGGCUAUUUCUAACUGUAUUUUCUUUUGUGAAAAUUUGUGGUGCAAAUGCAGAAGGGCUUAGUUUCCCCUCCAGCAUUCUUGAAUCCUAUUUGGACGACACGCCCCACAAGAACCUACACCAUUUGCUCAACGAACUCCUGGCUUCGUCACGUAUUGAACGCUGUUUUGUUAUCAUCACCGAUAACGCCUAUCAACAUCUUUACGAUUACCAAUUCUUUGCCAAUCAACGUUCACCACGCGCCUAUUACUUCGUAAAAGUGCCACCGGCUGAGGAUUUGUUGGCGCCCAAUUAUCAAACUGUGCGAGUGUUAAAACAAAUACGCGCACAGAAUUGUGAAUUUAUGUUCGUGACACUGCUGAAUGGCCUGCAAGUGCAACGCCUCUUACGUUUCGUGGAAAAACAUCGUUUACUCAACUUGCAACAGCGGUAUGUGGUGCUUCAGGAUACGCGGCUUUUGGGAGCCGAGAUGUGGUAUAUCUGGAGUAAUAUGAUAUCGACCGUAUUUGUGAAACCUGUUGAGAAGCAAAGGUUCCUGUUGAGCACCAUUGCGUAUCCAGAAAUUCUGAAUGGUUUAGUAGUGACGAAACGUUUAAUGGUGUGGGAAAAAGGUAAACGUAUCAAAAUUAACCAACUGUAUCAGGAUAGAACUUCCAAUUUGAAAGGCUUUUCAUUGCCCGUCGUGAUCUUCGAACAUGUGCCCAUGGUGAAACACAGCGCAGAUAAUGCCAGCUUUGUAGGGCUGGAGGUCGAAAUUUUGAAGACACUUGGCGUCAAACUCAACUUUUUGCCUAGAUUCUAUGAGACCAACGAUGCUGCUUUCGAGCAUUGGGGCAAGAAGUUGCCGAACGGCAGCUACUCGGGCAUACUUGGUGCUAUGGCAAAUCGUAGUGCGCGAAUCGCCAUCGGCAAUCUGCAUAUGUUUAAACUUUAUGCCUCCGUUAUGGAUCUAUCUUGGCCCCAUAGUUUCGAGUGUUUGACAUUUCUAACACCAGAGUCCUCGCAGGAUGAUAGCUGGCGUACACUAAUACAGCCGUUCAGUGGCAGCAUGUGGGCGGGCGUUCUGCUUUCGCUCUUUAUAGUGGGCACAGUUUUCUAUGUGAUGUCCAGUCUCCACGCUAUAUUGCUAGAGCGACGCAUUCGUCACGCACGCCGUAUACAAAAUUGGAGAGAAUGGCACAGCAAAGGACUCUACCUCUUCGAUGAAUAUUCCAAUUGUCUGCUCUUCACCUACAGCAUGUUAAUGUAUGUUUCAUUGCCACGCCUACCACGCACUUGGAGUUUGCGUGUGCUCACCGGUUGGUAUUGGCUCUAUUGCAUUUUACUGACGGUCAUCUAUAGAGCCAGCUUGACGGCGAUUUUGGCCAAUCCAGCCGCGCGUAUUACUAUUGACACGCUGGAAGAGUUGUCCAAGAGCUAUGUAACCAGCUCUGCAUGGGUGGAUGAGAAUAAGAAAUUAUUUGUGGAGGCGUUCGAUGAAGUCGCGCAAGAGAUUGGCCGAAAGAUGGAGAUAGUGGAUAACAUCGAAACUGUGACUGACCACAUUACCAAAGGUGAAUACGCCUACUUCGAUAAUGAGUAUUUCCUCAGAUAUUUACGCAUGAAGGGUGCUCAACGUCGCGAGGAGCAGCAAUUCACCGAAGUAGUGCUGCAUAUAAUGCGUCAAUGUGUGAUACAGAUGCCAGUGGCCUUAGGGUUGGAAAAGAACUCACCACUACAACCGAAUGUGAACAAAUAUUUGAGACGUCUAAGUGAAGGAGGCCUCAUCGCGAAAUGGCUGAAAGAUGCCAUUGCUGAGCUUCCCGCCGAGGAGCGCACACCACAGGAGGCAGUGAUGGAUUUACCAAAGAUAUGGAGCUCAUUUGUAGCGCUUGGCAUUGGUUACUUUCUGGGCAUAUUGGCCAUAGCAGGCGAAUGGCUGCACAACGAGUAUGUUGUGCGAAAACAUCCACUCUACGAUGUGUACAAUAAGAAUUUGUAUUACAAUUUUAAGCGUCAUUUUUCAAAUUACUAA